UCGCCUUUUAGAUAGAUUAGCGACCUAUAUGAACACCUUUGAAAUUCAUAAUCGCGAGCGCUUACAAGAAUCUCCACUACUGAACUACCAAUGAACAUAAAUUCAAAAUCUUCAGCUUCAACCAACGAAUCGGUUAAGCUCGCCCUUGCUAUUUCUCUUCUUCGAUCAAAGCUCAGCCUUAAUCAAAAUCAAAGCACUCAGCCUUCUGAAUCUGAUGCACUUCGCUGGAAGCGGAAGGCGAAGGAGCGGAAGCAAGAACUUGUAAGGCUGAGAGAGGAUCUAAGAGAAGCUGAAGAAUCCGCGCAUUACGAUUUGUUUCCGCAAUCGGCUUCUUGCAAGUGCUAUUUCUUUGAUAAUUUGGGAAAAUUAAGCUCUGAGAUCGAUGGAAAUGACUCUCAUCGUCGGUUCAAUGACGUUCUUCGCCGUAGAUUUCUAAGACAAGUGAGACUCAAGGAAAGGAGGAGAACAGGCGAUUCGACUCAACGACGACGUCUUUCAGAGUUGAGCUAUGAAGAUGAGGCAGAGCAGCUUAGGGCCUCCGUUGAUUUUCUUGUAGAGCUUUGCGACACCGUUUCUCCGGCAAAAGAGGGCAAUUUUGCUAGUUGGUCGCAUCAGGCUGUGGACUUCAUUUUAGUCUUUUGUCCUGAAGAAUCAUUGAGGAAUCUAUUAUCAGAAGGAAAGAGAAAUGAAGCUAUUGAAGGAAUAAUCACCAGCUUAAUUGUGCGCUUGGUUAAAAGAAUGUGUUCCCCCUUGAAAGAAGAUGAUUCUCUUCAUAUCCACGAUGAAUCUCAAUUCGGCAUUCAACAUCUGAUCCGCAAGCUUGCAAGUGAAGCCUAUAUUGGACAGCGUGUCAUAUUCUCAGUAUCCCAAAUUAUUUCUGUAGUAGCAGAAAAUUUGCUUUUCUCAGAUCCAUUUGAUGCUGCUUUCCCCAGUAUGCAUCAGUCAAUGUUUCUUAUGAUCCAGCUUAUCGAAUUUCUGAUAUCAGACUACUUAUCAACUUGGUCAAGCGGUGAAAGGUUUGACAACAUGCUUUUUGAAGGGUGCGUUAAAUCAACCCUCCAAGCAAGGAAAGCAGCACAACUUUUGGAAAGCAGAAAUGGGCUUUAUGUGCUAUACAUGGAUCGAGUCACAGGAUUAUUGGCUAAACAAGUUGGUCAGGUUUCCUCGCUCCAUAAACUCAACCCAGAUGUUCUUGAAAAACUGUUCUUUUAAUCUCCUGUUGGCUUCUUAUGUAUGUUGUAAACUAAUUCUUUUAAAUGCAAACAUAAAACAGACAAAAAAGGAAUAAUUUUCAAUAAAAAAAUUUUGACUAAACGUCAAAAUCUUUUUUUACAAAGCCACCGUGUAUUCAAUCUUGGCACCACUUUGAGCCCUCGACGCGAUAUUCAACUAAUUAAUGGUGACAGUUGCAGGUCUUUUUCCCCUUCCUCUCGUGGUCCCGUGGCCCUCCUCGUUUUAUAUACUCAUUCUAUAAAUGAAAACACUUCCCGUUUCAACACAUUUCAAAUUCAUAAUCCUUUUGCAAAUUAUCUAAAACCAACAACACAACCAUCUUCCAACAUCUUUAAUAAUUAAACUCCGUUCUUACCUAUCUAAAUUUCUAAAUCAGCGAUUAUAUAUCAUGUCCAAGAUCACUUCUAUAGUGGCUUUGUUGCUUAUUUCCCUUAUCUUCUUCUCUUUGUCUCUUCCAAGUUCAGCUGAGGAUCAGCCGGCUGCAACUUCGGUUCCACACAGUCGAGACGUUCAGGUGCAUGAAGAAAGUAGGUUUGUGAGUUCAGUUCAGCGCCGGAAGCUGAAAAAUUUCAUGAAAAAGGGAUUUAGGAGUAGAGGAUUUGGUACAGGCAUUGCAACUCGUGCUCAUGCCAGAACUUCCUCAGCUUAUAGAACAAAUUUGAUUAUCUUCUUUUCAUUUUGGCUGUGUCUUGGCUUGCUCUUUUUUCUAGGUUUCUUAGUCCUUUAAGCAUGUAAUUAAUUUGAUUAAUCUUGUAUUAUAAGCUUGUUCUCGCUAAUUUAAUUAUUUUAUUCUAUCGUGUUUGCUAA